AUGUCACGGUACAGAGAUAUCACAGUGCCAGGAUGUCACGGUACAGAAGUAUCACAGUGCCAGUUGUCACGAUCACAGUGCCAGGAUGUCACGGUGUCACAGUGCCAGGAUGUACGGUCACAGUGCCAGGAUGUCACGGUACAGAAGUAUCACAGUGCCAGGAUGUCACGGUACAGAGGUAUCACAGUGCCAGGAUGUCACGGUACAGAGGUGUCACAGUGCCAGGAUGUCACGGUACAGAAGUGUCACAGUGCCAGGAUGUCACGGUACAGAGAUGUCACAGUGCCGGGAUGUCACGGUACAGAGAUGUCACUGUGCCGGGAUGUCACGGUACAGAGGUGUCACAGUGCCAGGAUGUCACGGUACAGAGGUGUCACAGUGCCAGGAUGUCACCGUACAGAGGUGUCACAGUGCCGGGAUGUCACGGUACAGAGGUGUCACAGUGCCAGGAUGUCACGGUACAGAGAUGUCACUGUGCCGGGAUGUCACGGUACAGAGGUGUCACAGUGCCAGGAUGUCACGGUACAGAGAUGUCACUGUGCCGGUGCACAGUACAGAGGUGUCACGGUGCAGAUGUCACGGUACAGAGGUGUCACAGUGCCAGGAUGUCACGGUACAGAGGUGUCACAGUGCCGGGAUGUCACGGUACAGAGGUGUCACAGUGCCAGGAUGUCACGGUACAGAGGUGUCACAGUGCCAGGAUGUCACGGUACAGAGAUGCCACAGUGCCGGGAUGUCACGGUACAGAUGUGUCACAGUGCAAGGAUUCACGAUUCAGAAGGGUCACAGUUCAAAGGUAUCACAGUGCAAGGGCAACACGAUUCAUAUGGGUCAUGGUACAGAGGUGUCACGGUCUGUUUCCCCCUUAGUGAAGUAGUGUGUGGCUAA